GGCGUCUCUGUUCUGUUUCCCGGCCCCAUCGCACGCCAGCCAGCGCCUCGCCCCACGCAAAGAGUAUGCCCCGUGGUGGGCGGCUGCGAUCUCCCAGUAACUCCAUCCCUAUCAAUUCCAGAGAGUUGCUAGAACUUGUCAUACGAGCAGAUCGUUCACUCAAUUCUGGUGUGCCAGCAUGGUUGAUGGAACAGCAGCACCAGGUUGCGCGACGAACUAAGAGUCUUUAUGUUGAGCUUGGAUCUGCGGAGACAAGUCCUUUGGGAACCAUUUCGCCUCGACAGUUCCUUAUUGGGAACCCAUUUAAGGCCCUCGAGCGGUUGGUUAUCACUCGGGCUUAUGGUGGAGAACUAUACCCAGAGGGACUGAGUUUGGGGAAUGAGGGAAGAGAUCUGGAUGAUGCGGAUUAUUCGGUUUCGCUAGAUUUCGACUUGGUCGAGGCUAGCUCACUGCGAACGCUCAUAGUGGAAGGAAUCGAGUUGUCCGGAGGCAAAAAGGAUCCAUUCCACGUGGAGACACUGUCGCUCUCGUACGCUGCCAUGGAAUGGAGGCUAUUUGCUUCCCUCCUUCACGGAUCGACAGAACUUCGAAGCCUCAAAUUACACCAUUCACGCAUCGACGAUGCCCCUCCGCACUGGUCACUGACGCUUCCAUGGUUACGCACGUUGUCCAUUCACACCACGCAUCUUAGAGAUUUGGCGAAGUUCUUGGGUAAUAUUCGAACCUUCAAUCUUUGCAAUCUUGACAUUCAGGUCCAGUCGGUUUCCCCAAGAGACUACGGGGCACUCUCGAGGGCAUUGCACGCACUGCUACUCUCCAACGACCUAAUGAAAUUGACAAUUGGGGGCCAUUUCGCUUUCAUAAUUGACGUGCUCAAAAUUCUCGUCGAUGGCGGGAUUCACAGGUUGGAGGAAUUAGAUAUCGAUUCCGAACGGCGAUGGCCAUCGGACGAGAUUUGGCGCGUGCAUCUCAAGGAUGCACAGGAUCUCAUUCAUCAACUGGUCCAGAAGGGCAGUGGCACCCCGUUGCUCAAGUUGCCUGACGUAAUGACGCAGAGGGUCGAGUAGACUCCCCCACCUGUGGGGUUACUACCGACCAUGGGCUCUUAGGCUACUUUUUGAUUCUGGCAAUGUUGUUGAGACCGGGCAUUUAUCAUUAUCCUCUAUUAUU